CGCUCUCUCUCUCCGUCCUGCAGGAUUAGAUGCUGGUGAAUGUGUCCUCUCUCUUCCUCCCCUGAGAGUGCGAGGUCGUGAGCUGUGCGGAAAGCUGCCCCAGAGCCACCACACCGCUGGCCCGCGGCGGAAGAGGAGGCGUCCCUGAGAGAAGAUGAGCGUAAAGAAGGAAGACGUGGAGGCCUUCCUGGACGGGAACCCGGCCUUCGCCCAGGAGUACUUCAAUAAGAGCCUGAGCCCGGCAGCCAUGGCAAAGGUGUCGGGUCUCCCUGAGGCAAAGGUGGACUUCAGCUUGUACCGUGAGCUCAGCCAGGUGGAGGAGAGCAACUACCUGUUUGAUAUGAUCAAGGACAUGCAGGAGAACGUCAACAUGGAGCGGGUGGUGUUCAAUAUCCUGAAGAAGGUCACCUCUAUGAUCCACGCGGACCGCUGCAGUCUCUUCAUGUACCGGCAGAGGAAUGGCAUCGGGGAGCUGGCUACGCGCCUCUUCAACGUCACCAAGGACUCCAAGUUUGAGGACUGCUUGGUGCAGCCGGAUUCAGAGAUAGUGUUCCCUCUGGACAUCGGGGUGGUGGGACACGUAGCCCUGACCAAGAAGACAGUCAACAUCAAAGACGUGUCAGAGAGCAUGCACUUCAGCCCGUUUGUGGACGACCUGACAGAGUACCAGACUCGCAGCAUCAUGGCCAGCCCCAUCGUGAAUGGCAAGGACAUGGUUGCUGUGUUGAUGGCCGUGAACAAGACAACAGGGCCACAGUUUACCCCAGAGGAUGAGGAUAUUUUUUUAAAGUAUCUCAAAGUUGCCUCCUUGAACUUGAGGAUUCACUUCCUGAGCUACCUACACAGCUGUGAGACACGUAAAGGACAGCUGCUCCUAUGGUCAGCCAACAAGGUGUUUGAGGAGCUGACUGACAUUGAGCGGCAGUUCCACAAGGCCCUGUACACGGUCCGAGCCUACCUCAACUGUGACCGCUACUCUGUGGGCCUGCUGGACAUGACCAAGGAAAAGGAGUUCUUUGACAUCUGGCCAGUGUUGAUGGGAGAGCAGGCCCCCUACUCAGGUCCCGUUACCCCCGACGGCAGAGAAGUCAUAUUCUACAAAGUCAUUGAUUAUAUUCUACAUGGCAAAGAGGAUAUCAAAGUCAUACCGACUCCGACACCUGACCACUGGGCUUUGGCCAGCGGUCUUCCUACAUACGUAGCAGAGAGUGGCUUUAUUUGCAACAUUAUGAAUGCACCAUCAGAGGACAUGUUUAAAUUCCAGUCUGAGCCAUUGGAUGCCAGUGGUUGGACCAUAAAGAAUGUGCUGUCUCUGCCAAUCGUCAACAAGAAGGAAGAGAUUGUGGGCGUGGCCACGUUCUACAACAGGAAGGAUGGGAGGCCCUUUGAUGAACAGGAUGAACAGCUCAUGGAGGCCUUGACCCAGUUCUUGGGCUGGUCAGCUCUCAACACUGACACCUACGACAAGAUGUUCCGUCUGGAACAGAGAAAGAACAUCGCCCAGGACAUGGUGCUGUACCACGUCAAGUGUCGUGACGAUGAGAUCCAGAACAUCCUGAAAACCAGAGAGGUGUUUGACAGAGAACCCUGCGAUUGUGAGGAGGAGGAGCUGCAGCAGAUUCUGAAAAAAGAGCUGGUGGAUGCUAAGAAGUUUGAGAUCUACGAGUUCCACUUCUCUGACUUCAAAUGCACGGAGAUGGAGCUGGUUAAGUGUGGCAUCCAGAUGUACUAUGAGGUUGGCGUGGUGAAGAAGUUCCAGAUUCCUCAGGCGGUGUUGGUGCGCUUCAUGUACUCUGUCAGUAAAGGCUACAGGAAGAUCACCUACCACAACUGGCGCCAUGGCUUCAACGUGGGCCAGACCAUGUUCACCCUGCUCACGACAGGCAAGUUGAAAAGGUACUACACAGAUCUAGAGGUCAUGGCCAUGAUCACAGCAGGCUUCCUUCACGAUAUCGACCACAGAGGAACAAACAACCUCUAUCAGCUUAAAUCUGGCAACCCGCUGGCCAAGCUUCAUGGAUCUUCCAUCAUGGAAAGGCAUCACCUGGAGUUCGGCAAAUUCCUGCUAGAAGACGAGACGUUAAACAUCUACCAGAAUCUGAACCGACGGCAGGUGGAACACGUCAUACACCUCAUGGACAUUGCCAUCAUUGCCACCGACUUGGCGCUUUACUUCAAAAAGAGGACGAUGUUCCAGAAGAUUGUGGACCUGUCCGAGACGUAUGAGGAAGAGAAGAAGUGGGUGGACUUCAUGUCUCUGGAGACCACCAGGAAAGAGAUUGUCAUGGCAAUGAUGAUGACAGCCUGUGACUUGUCAGCCAUUACCAAACCCUGGGAAGUUCAGAGCCAGGUGGCCUUGUUAGUAGCUGCCGAGUUCUGGGAGCAGGGUGACUUGGAGCGCACUGUUCUAGAGCAACAACCCAUUCCUAUGAUGGACAGGAACAAAGCAGCAGACCUCCCUAAGCUGCAGUGUGGCUUCAUUGAUUUCGUCUGCACGUUCGUCUACAAGGAGUUCUCUCGCUUCCACCCGACCAUCCAGCCCAUGCUGGACGGCAUCCUGAACAACAGGAAGGAGUGGAAAGCCCGGCAGGAGGAGUACGAGGCCGGCCUGAAGAUCCUGGAGGAGGAGAAGGCUGCUCGGGAAGAGGCUAACGCCAAGAAAGGUACCUGGUCUGACACAGUCUAGUACUAAGACUACAGACUAGUCUGACACACUACACUACCAUUACCUGGUACUAAGACUACAGACUAGUCUGACACACUACACUACCAUUACCUGGUAAUAAGACUACAGACUAGUCUGACACACACUACUGGCAUUACCUGGUACUAAGACUACAGUCUACUACUAACACUGGUACACUGCACUAAUACUGCAGUCUAGCACGAAUACUACAGUCUAGUGUAGUCUGGGGUGGCAUGUGUUGCAUGUGCGUCCUUCAUCUUGUUGUGUGUGUGGUCCUGGUGCAGCUUCCGGGAACAACCCCAGCGGAGGCUCUGGGGCCAAGACGUGCUCCGUGUGCUAGAGCACCGCACGCUCCGGAGGUAGGUGACUCCAGGAUGACAUCAUCACAACCACACCACCUCACAGCCGCGGCCGCAGCCAGCACACACCCCGGGACAGCGCCACCUACAGUCACCAGCAUGAAACUGCAGCCUGGGAGCAGGGGAGGGAGGGAGGGAGAAGGAGAGAGAGAGAGGAGUGGGGGAGGGCCAGAAAGGGGAAGAGGAAGCACAGCAAGCAUCCUGCCUUGCCCCAAAAGGACACUCAUUGGCUAAAUCCAAAUUCUAGAACCAUUCACCCUCCUCUCUGGGUCCUGGCGGCGUCUCCUGGAAGGAUUGCAGAAGGCGUGUGUCUGGUGGAGUCACGUCUGUAUACCAUGUCUACCACCAUUACCUUCUAGAACUUUCCAAGUAGGCCACUGACUUUCCUCAGAGGACCCAACUUCUAACAUCUGUGUGUGUCUGUGUGUGUCUGUAUGUGUGUCAUUGUGAAUAUCUAUAUAUGACUGUGUGUGUGUCUGUAUGUUUUAGAGAAUAUGUUUAGUAUAGGAUUCUAACAUCAGUAGGACUUUGGUAUGGUGACUCUUCCUGAAGUGAACGUUAGAAAAGACAUUGUUACACACCUUGAUUUUAUGCUGUUGUAAUGUGUGUGACAUGGAUUAAGAAGUCUAACAUAUCUCUAGCAUAGCUACAAUGUAUUCUUGUUCCAGAUGGUGAUUGGAGCUAUGGUCACCAGUUCAAUGUUGAUGUUCCAACACCAGUGACCUACACUGAUGUUGUUCGUUCCCUCCUUCCAGUCACACAUUAUUUACAUGAGAGAAAGUGUUAACUGUAGCUCUCAACACUCAGGUAUAGGGAUGCUGCAGGGACUGUGGAUUACUGUAGGUACUGCUCUGGUCUAGUGUCUGUCUGUCUGCCAGCCUGUCUGUUUAUCUGUCUGUCUGGUUUAGUGGGUGCAUAAUAUGGAGUCCUAGUACAG